AUUUACAGACGCGUCGAAAGAGCACGCUCGGUCCGCCAUCUUGAUUUUAUUUUUUUCAAUUUGUAGUCAGUGGCAGUCAGCAGUGAUCGCGUACGGCUUUUAUGUUUUUAAUUGUUUUUUUAAUUGUUGAUAAUUGACAGAUUAACUAUAAUUAUAUUUGUUAAUCAAGUGUUUAAUUCUAGUUAAUUGUGGAUUAACAUUUUAAUUCAUAGUUUUGAUUUGAGUGUAUUUAAUACAUGGAAGAUAUAUAAAAUGACAAUAUGGCUCGGGGUACAACAAUUGCUGCAGUCUUGUACAUCGUACUAAGCACAGGAGCCCAUGCACAAUUAUACGAUUUCUUACAAGCACUACAACCGAUAGUAAAAUCGCAUCCAGCGUUCGGUGAAUUCCCCGCAUACGAUAGUAUAUUCACUACGAAAAAACCUAAAACAUUCAACAGACAUCCGACAAAUCAGAGAACAGAAGAGAAGAAAGAUAGAAGAAAGCCAGCAGCGAUCUCAACGUUGGAGAGUUAUUUAAGAGAAGACGCUAGAAAGAAGGAGAAAAUCGGACAAGAAGUACAAGUAACCACUUCAAGACCUACAAAUAAAAACUCUAAUAGACAUGACAAUCAAAAUAAUAAAUCAACAAAUACUAGAACAUCUUCAAGAAAUACAGCAAGAGAAAUACACAGUAGCUCGAAAGAGAAUUCUAAAAAUUACGAUACCCUAUUAGUACUAGAUGAUAUAAGCAAUGAAAAAAGAAAACAUAGCGAAGAUAGAAUAUCAUUCGUAACAAAAACAACAAAGAAAAAUGAAAGCACAACAAAACCAAACCAAAGUCAAUCAUCAGAAAAUUACGAAAGACAAACCAACAACCGAGACAGUUACAACAGACAACAAAGCAAUUACAACAAUAAUCACACUUCCAAUGAAAACAUUCAAUUCUCCUACAACGAACCUUCUAAUAAUUACAAUAAUAGACCAUCCAACAACCGACCUGCGUCCAACAACAAUCAAUAUUCGCAAUCAAAUGAAUAUAACUUUCAACCGAAUAACAACAGAGGAUCAGAUAAUAAUCAAUAUAACAACCAAGACAACAACAGACUAACCAACAACAAACAAACUUCAAGUAACCAAAACACUCAAUCAAGCGAAUACAACGCACAACCAAACAACUACAACUCUCAACCAACCAACAACGCACAACAAAACAACUACAACUCUCAACAAACCAACAAACCAUCCAAAAACUACGUGCUCACAACACAGAAUCCAUUCUACAAUAGACCAGGAGUUAGACCAGCAGUUGUUGACGACAAAAGACCACCAAUAACAAACAGACCACCAUCAAGACGGACCACGACAUUAAGACCUGUUCACAUUCUUCCAAAAGACACGAGAAUUCCACCAGAAUUAAUUACAGUACCGGGAGAAGAUACGAUGAGUGAGGCUGAAAGGUUACGACUUAUAGAUGUAUCAGAGAGAAUGUGCAGUAAAUACAAGAAGUUACAAACGAAGCAGCUGCAAGCGAUACCUUUAGUACCUUCUCCGGAACCUCUCGAAAUAAAUGUAACAUCGUGUGCUCCGUCACAAAUACCCCUAAUUGUAGGGGGUAAGGUUGUAUCCAUAAAGGAGUUUCCGCAUAUGGCGCUGAUUGGAUGGGUAAAGUUAAAUUAUGACGGGUACGCGUGGCGCUGCGGAGGCUCUUUGAUCAGCGAUCGCUUCGUGCUAACAGCGGCGCACUGCGCUUACGAAGAAAGAGAUAACAGCAUUGUCAUGGGUCCACCGCGAGCUGUGCAGUUGGGUUCAUCAUAUUUGGACGACCCUAACGCGGUCGUGAUGAAGAUAGGCAUCAGGGAAGGUGGCAGGGACACCUGUCAGGGGGACUCCGGCGGUCCUGCACAAAUCCAAGAUGGCUGCGUAUGGCGCGUCGUCGCCGUCACUUCAGUCGGCCGCUCGUGCGGAGCACCAAACACGCCAGCGCUUUACGCCAUCGCGCACAGAGCUUUUAUAUCUUCUGUGGUUUUCAGCGAACUUUCCAUAAGCUCGGAAGUCGAACAAAUCGAUCUAAACGAACAGAGAUAUCAUCCAUCCAGAUCCACGGAGACCUUCAAUUAUCGGACAAACAAUUGGAAAUCGCAACGUGAUCAUGAUAACGCGAGAAGUACCGGAAAUCAUAAUUAUUACAAUAAACAAAGCAAUGAUUAUAGUAAUAAUUAUGAAGCAUACAAUCAGCCUUAUUACAAUGAUGCUCCUACUUGGUUCUAAAUACGUUCAAAAAAAACACUGAUCAUAAGAUUACAUAAAUUAUAACACGGCUAAACUCACGUGAUAACAUUCGUAGGCACCGACAGUUUCGAACCCGUUGGGGUCCUUCAGGGUGAGUGAUUAAUCGGGUAUACUCGCUAUCGCGUCGCGACGGUCACUAGUCUUGGGUAGUACACGUACGAUGUACUAAAAAGUAACGUUACUCGGCACUGUACUAAAAGUAACGUUACCGAACGGCUUCUGAUAAUCGGACAUUUAGUACUUUUAGUACACUACACGAUAUCGGUGUUCGCCUUUUUGUCAGAUUGAAGCAUCCACCUUCGAUAACGAGAAUCAAAAGUGGAUAAAAUUAUUCAUAACUAAAUUUAUUUUCGCUAAUAACAUGUUUGACCCUGCUUAAAAUUGGAUAUGAAGUAAUAUA